AUGAAUGCAAGAAGUGGAAAUAAUAAGAAUAAAAUGAAUUUCAAGGGGAAUAUGAGAUACAAAGCCUCAGGGAAUGUUUCAUCUUAUUCAAACAAAUUUGGUGGAUUUAAUACUGGGAAAUUUCAAGUAUUACAAGUAAAUUCAACGUUGGAUAACCCAAAGGAAGUAAGUAAAUUAAUAAAAAAUCCCUGGAUUAGAGAAUUCUCAGAAUGCGUGAAUUGGCAGGAAGGAGGAAUGAAAUUGAAUAAAUUCAAUAAAUUAAUAGUGAAUUUGAAACCAGAGAGUUUGUCAACUUCAAAAUUGGAGUUAAGAGAAAAAAUAAUAAGUGAUUUAAUGAUAUUAGGAAGUGAAAUGUUGAUUAGAAUAAGAGAGGAAACUUUUAAGAAGAUAACUCCCGACAAGGAUACUGUUUGGCUCAGAAAUAUGUCUCAGGAUGUGAAAGCUACUUUAAAAGAUAGAACGGAAUCAUGUACUAUAUUAAUUCAACAAAAUCCUAUACUUUACAUUAAUGAAAUGAAAGUAUUACAGGGAAUAUUAAAUAAUGCAACUAAUAAAACUGGAUUUUUGAAGAUGAUUGAUACUAUUUUAAACCUUCUCAUUGAAGGUUCUUUAUUUCCAAAAUCUAGAGAACUUUCUUACCUUCAAGAUCAUGAAAAAUUAAUACCAUUAAUAAAAGAUCAAAAUGAAAUAACAAUAACUACUUUUGAAUUUGUACAGAUAUACUUUGAGAAUUUUCUUAAAGAGUGGUAUUUAUCAUUUACUAAUGUAUUAUUAAAGAUGCUAAAUGAUACUUUAUGGACUGUAAGAAAGAAAAUUAUUACAGUUAUAUACCACUUAUCGUCAAUUAUGGAGCAAAGAUAUUCUUUAGUCAAUUUUUUAGUACACAAGUUUGGAGAUAAAGAAGAUAAGGUAGCUUCUCACUCUACAUUUUUACUUGGGGAAUUAAUUAAAAAUCAUAGAAAUUCUCAAGUUUUAUCACUGGUUUUGAAUAUAUUAUCUGACCAUAUUUCUAAAAAUCUAGAUUCUUUUCAUAAAUCACUUAAUUUAAAUCCAAAGAUUAAUACAAUUAACCAAGUCAUUUUCCGUCAUAUAUACCGUCUAAUAUUAUUUAUCUCUGAAAUUAAAUUGAGUAAAAACUAUAAUUACUUUUCUUUGGAUAUUAAUCAAAUUAAUAACAUUACAAAUCAUCCACCACCUAUUAAGAUACUUAGAUUAUGUCUUUCAUCUCUUAAAGUUAUUGUUGAAUCAAAAACAUGGGAUUUUCAGACAAAAAAUAAAAAUCAGGUAUCUAUUGUUAAAGAACCACUAUAUAGAUUAUUAAGAGUAACUUUAAACUGUAUUAAUAGAUCAUUACCAUAUGCAGAAGCUCAAAUCAAGAUUGUUAAUGAUCAAUUAUCAAAUCAACUAUUACAAGAAUUCGAGACAAAUUAUAUUCCAAAAUUAUAUUAUUUAUGCCAUAAUAUACAAUGUGGAUCUAUACGUAUUGUUAUACUUAAUGUAUUAUAUCGUAUAUCAAAGAUACUAAAUAUAUUAUCAGAUCGUUACUAUAGGUUAUUAUACUCACAAUUAUUGUAUAAACCAAUAUAUACAUCCAAAAAUAAAAAAUUACUAGUAUUUUUAAUAUGGCAAAUAAUUAAUGAUCAAAAUACAAAUUAUAAGGUAUCUUUAUCUAUAUUAAAAAGAUCCAUACAAAUUUCAAUACAUAAUAAUGAUAUAUCAAUGUUGGCUUGUUUCUUAGUUAUUAUAGUUAAUGUCAUUAAUUAUAAUCUAUUUAACUCUAAUUCUACUGGAAAUCAAAGUAAAAAGAAACAUAAAAAUAUUCAAGAUGACUUUUUAAUAAAUGAUCUUGAGACAAGUAAUAUUAGAUCAUUAUCCAAUACCGUUAAGGAAUUAAUAUUAAAAAGUAACGAUGCAAUUAUGAAUGAGGAUGAAGAGGAGAAUUUUGUUGAUAUUCAAGUAGAAGAAAAUGAAAUGAUUGAAAAUAAUGAUAAUAAUAAUAAUAACAUUAAGAGUGAUCAAAUAGUGAAUUACAUGCAAAAAAGUGACGUGUCAAAACAAGAUAAAUAUGAUUUUACAAAAAGAGAUCCAAAAUAUGCAAAUAGUGAGAGUAUUCAUUUCUGGGAGUUUGAGUUACUUAAGACUUAUUAUCAUCCAUUAAUUGUUGAGUUAGUAUACAAGAGUAUAGUUUUAUGUGAAGAUGAUGGUAAAUUUAUGGAUAAAGAUCACAAAAAGAAAGAGUACCAGAGUAUAAUUUCAAGUAUAACAAGAUUUUUAGAAAACUUUAAAUUGAGUAAUCAAAUAAAAGCUAAGAGUAUGAAUAUUGAUGGAGAGAAAGAUAAUACUAUUUUAAAAAUUUUUGAUAUUUGUUCUCUAUCAUUAUUCAUGCAGAUAUUAAGUUAUAAUCCUGUAGAUUUGAAUUUAAUAUUAUUAAAGAGUAUUGAAAAAAGGAGUGAGGAUAAUAAUGAGGGUGUAUUUAAACGUAUAAGUAACUUUAAUAAAUGGAAUAAUAAACAUAUUCCAAGUUAUUUAGAUUUUUACAAGAUUUAUUUCCAGGAUCCUAUGGUUAAAGCUAUAGAAUCUUAUAAUUUAAAUAAUUCAGAUUCUAUUGGAAAUAAAGGUGCAAGUAAUAUAGAAGGUAAUGAAGAGGAUGAAUUUGAUAAUUUUGAAAUAGAUUAUGAUGAGACUUCUGGUAAAAUGAUUAAAUCUAACAGUAAAUAUAAUAAAUAUCGUCAGGAAGACUUAAUUGUUGAUUCUUUGGUUGAUGAGUUUUCUGCUGUAAAAGAUUGUAGAAGAGAUUCUGGAGGUGAGGAUGAGGAGGAUGAAGAUGCUUUUGAAGUAGACUUUGAUGUUAAUGAUGAGGAUAAUGACGAUAUUGAUUUACUUGAUGGGGUAAAUAUGGAUGACUUUGAUGAAUUAGGUGAUGAUCUGGAUGAUUUGGAUGAUAAUUACGAUCAAGAGGAUAAGGAGGAUGAGGAAGAUGAGGAGGAUGAGGAGGAUGGGGAAGAUGAAGAGGGUGAAGAUGACUUAGAUUUAUUAAUGGAUAAUAGUAAAUCUGGAAUUAAGAGGAGGCUAAGUACAUUAAGUAAAAUAAAGGGAGAGAAAAAGUUUAAUAUGAAGAAAUUAAAAUCAUCUAAUGGUAAGAAAGGAUUACUAAAUACAAUAACAUAUGUAGAUGCUGAUGAAAUGGAGGAGUAUUUAAAGUAA